GACAGAAAUUCGUGCCCGAAAAUGCGGAAGCUCAAUCCAUACUAUAGCCCCACUGUAAUAAAAUCUUUAAUACAAUUUGAUUUCUUUCCCUUUUCAGAAUCUCCAUUUUCCCAUUUUCGAGGACUAUUUUAGUAAAGGCCGGAGUUUUUGGUAAUUCAUGAGCUAUUCUUAGACGAUAAACCAACAAUCCGGAGGUUGAAGCUUGAGAUGGUGAAGGGUUCAUCAUUGAUACUCAAAGGUUAAAGGGUAAAUGAUGGGAAGAAGUCUAAGCCCUAUACUUAGGAAAGAGUUGGAGAAUCUUGACAAGGAUGCAGAUAGUAGAAAAUCAGCCAUUAAAGCUUUGAAGUCAUAUGCGAGGGAGUUGGAUAGCAACGCGAUCCCCCUCUUUCUUGCCAAGGUUUCUGAGACCGAGGAGGCAGGUACUUCAUCCGGUGAAUGCACAAUCUCGCUGUAUGAGGUUCUUGCUCGUGUCCAUGGACCGAAAAUCCUCCCUCAGAUUGAUAACAUCAUGGCCACCAUCAUCAAGACCUUGAAAUCGAGUGCAGGGUCGUUUGCUCUUCACCAAGCUUGCUCGAAAGUGGUUCCAGCUAUUGCUAGGUAUGGGAUUGAUCCCGCAACUUCAGAACAGAAAAAGCGAUAUAUCAUUGACUUGCUUUCCAAGCCCCUUUCAGAUUGUCUUUUGGCCACUCAGGAGAGCUUAUCUUCUGGGGCUGCUAUAUGCUUAAAGGCUCUUGUAGAGACAGACAAUUGGCGGUUUGCUUCGAAUGAGAUAGUGAAUGAGGUCUGCCAAACAGUUGCCGGGGCAUUGGAAAAGCAUGCUCAGGCGAGUUCCCACAUGGCCCUCGUAAUGUCUUUGGCUAAACACAAUAGCUUACUCGUUGAAGCGUAUGCCAGAUUAUUGAUACAAUCUGGAUUAUGCGUUCUGAGAUGUGGAAAUGGGGAGGGAAAUUCUCAAAAGCGUUUGUUAGCCAUUCUUAUGAUCACCUCCCUGAUGAGGUGUUUGGAUCCCAGAAGCAUAUUUUCUGAGCUGGGAAUGGUUAUUGAACACCUGGGGAUGUGUCAAUCAGAUAAGAUGCAAUAUGUCAGAGGAGCAGCAUUUGAAGCACUUCAAUUGGCUAAAAGAAUAUGCUGUGAGAAAGGCUCAAAAUUUGAAAAGGACGUCGAGCCAACCAAUGGCUCAAGUUUUGACAGUAGAGGGAAUUUCCAUAGGAGAAAUAUGUGUGAAUCUGAUGAUCAGUCACCUAUAACUACAUCACCCGAAUCAGAGACUGCUGAUUCACUUAUUUCGUUGGAUCCUAUACUCGACUCCCAGAAUUCAACCAAUUUGAUCUCUCAAGGUUUGGGUAAUGAUCAAAAGAGUGCGAAGAGGAGACUUUGGAGAAGGUGUGGGAAUGGUGCCCUUAAAGAAGAAAUUUUGUCAGAUGUUGCCCGCCAAAUUGCCAUUCAGAACUCUGAACAUGAUGAACUGACUAGCAAUCACAGUGACUAUAGUGAUGUAUUUGCAGGGUAUAUCCCAGGAAGUGGUCGAAAUGGAUUCAUCAGGAACAGAACUCCUAGUCCUCAGAGGUCACGCUCUCAUAUUACACCUGAAAAUUUAGCAAUCUUUAACGAUAGAAGCUUGGAUUUUCUUGGAAAGAACACUCGCCAUUACACCAGUCGUCCUUCCUCGUGCAAAUUGGAGUCCCCUAGGAGGUGCAGAGAAGACAACAGGGACAGAAAAUCAUCAGAAUCAACAUCUUCGACAGAAGAUGCGUUGGCUGAUACUGAAUCUCAGUGCUUCACAAAGGCUGUACCUGAAAGUGAAACAAAAUCUGAAGGUGCGUAUACUCAACACACUUCAAAAUGCAAAAUGAUCUGUGGAUUUUCAGUUGCUGUGCUUGCCAUUCUUGCAUUUUUGUUGUGGGAUGAGGAUCAAGACGGGUUUUACAACCUCGUUCCCACCUAAAUUUUGUGGUAUGCUAGAUCUUAGAAUUGGAUUUUAAGAUUUUUGUUGCACCAUGUUUAGAAGUUGGUUAUCAUAGGGUGAGAGUUGGAAGCUGUUCUAUACUUUGAUUAGGAUGUUUUCUCAAUCUGUCCACUUUUGCUUCUCCAAGAACAUUCAGAUUUCA